AGUAAGGCAUGAGCGGAUUAACGGGACAUCGAUCGCCAACCUUGUCGGGACAGUCAGUGUUGUGAUGGCAGUGACUGCGACAGGAGGUGUGUCGACACGUCCUUGCCGCUUGGAAUGUAAGAGGGAUCUUACAUUUCAGAAGUGGGAUGCGACUCUGCUGCAGAAGGAAGUGGAAGGAGUUCAAAGAUGAUGCAGCCAUAAAGGAUAAGGUAGGCGAUUAGAAAAUAGAGAGAAAAGCGCGGAAUGAAUAAAAUGGCGCAAAGAGCGGAAAGUAGGAGCGGGAAACGGGAAAAUGGUAAAAAGGAAUGAGAUUUUUUGUUUAUCGGCAAUUAAGCGGUGGGUUUUAUAUUUACUAGAGAUUAAAGGAAAAUGUGAUGUCAAAAGAUUUAAAAUAAAAAAUAAAUAGCUAAGAGGAAAAUAAAUUAAAGAAUUAUCUUGAGAAUGCAUGCCAUGAAGAAUGAUUCGAGAGGUGGUAUCGGGAAACGGGAAUUGCGCGAAUUCACUCGGGUGAGUUCGGGAUGAGUCGGUAUCGCAGAGUGAAAUGUCAAAUGAUUGUUGUUAUUGUGGAAUACAUGAAAGAAAACAAAAGCGGAACGCGAGUGAUUAACUAAAAUAGCAGUAAAAGGUGAGAAUUAUAAAGGAAGUAAAGUUAAAUCAGAGAGGAAAGUAAGUACACAGAAAAAAAAAUUAAAAAAUUCAUCCGAAUUAUUCGAGGAAUUUGGGAGAUAAAUUGGAAUGGAAAUUUUAGGUUAGAAUGGAUGAAAGAGGAAUCGAUUUGGAGGAAAGAGAGCUCCGGGAGUACGAUGAAGAAGCAAUGGGAGGAGAUGAACAGGGAGAAGUGAUUAAACACUACAGGCAAAAGAUCCGUGAAUUGGAAAAGGAGAAUGAAGCGCUCAAACGGAGUACAUCUUCAUCAAGUUCAAGGGAAGUGGGAACAUUCCGACUGGCUGGUGGGGAAAUUAAAGAUUUGAUCCCGGCGUUCCGACCUGGGGAAGAUGAGACAACCACAGAAGAGUGGAUUGAGAAUCUAGAAUCCAUGCGGGAGAUCUAUGAAUGGACCGAUCAACAAGUUCUGCUGUAUGCGUCAAUUCGGCUCAAAGGAGCCGCAAAGAAGUGGCAUUCAACCACAAAGACGAAAACGUGGGAUGAAUUCAAGCGGGAACUGAUGAAAGCUUUUCCGGAGAAGAUUAAUGUAGGGAGGAUAAUUAAAGAGAUUCAAGGGAGAAAGAGAAAGCGAGAUGAAACCGUAACCGAGUACUUCUUUGAAAUGAGACAGAAAGGGAAAAAGAUAAAGCUGGAUGAUGCGACGAUCGCAAAGUACAUUAUAGCAGGACUGGGAGAUGAGAAAUUGAUCGGUAUGGUGGCCGGAGCUAACUACGACUCCCCACAGGAAUUGCUCCAGAAAAUCAAAGAUGCUGAGGAUAUUCGUAGAGCCAUGAGAAAACACGGAAUUGGCGAAUCAGGGGGGAAAGAAAAGGGAGAAAAAAACGAUGCACGGCCUGAACAAGAGAGCCAGGAUGGGAAUCAGGUGCAGAAAGUAUCUUGCUACAAUUGCGGGAAAGUUGGUCAGACAGCCAGAGAAUGCCAUGAAAGAGAAAACAAACAACGAGACAUGAAGGCAGAAAUCACGUGCUUCAAAUGCAACGAGAAAGGUCACAUAGCAAGAUUCUGUGGCAAAAAUGAGACAGACUCAAAGAUGAUCCAUAAGGGUAACAUGAGAAUAAUUGAAGUUGAGGAAAAAGAAAAUCCGAACUACAAGGAGGUGAAAAUUAACGAGAAAAAGCUCUGGGCUUACAUUGAUCAAGGGAGCGAUUGCACCACAAUGAGGAAAUCUGAUGUAGAAGCUCUGGGGGUGGAGAUUAAAUCGAGAACGACAACGCUGAGAGGAUUCGCAGGACAAUGCCAGACCGUGGGGCAAACGGAAGUAUGGGUUACGAUUGACGAGGUGCGAAGGCAAACAACCGUCCAUGUCGUUCCAGAUGAAGCUCAAAACAUUCCAGUGAUUGUCGGCCUUGAUAUUUUGGGAAAGGAAGACAUACGAGUCGUCAGGCAAGGCAAAACGUUGCAGAUAGAGGAUGUCCGGAAGGAUGCAAACGAGAAGACAAUUUGAAUUGAAGUGAGAGGGAAUAUUUAGUGUUUAACUCAGGAAAUGGGUGAACAUAAUAAGGGAGUGUAUCAGAGGUUCUAUAGGGUGAGUACAAAAUGAUAUGUUGACACAGGUGAAUGACAAAGCAGGAUUGUUGUAAAGAAUCUGAAAGUAAGUUUUUUUAUCUGAGAAUUGUAGGGAAGUCUUAGAAUGGGGGUUCGCAUAGGGACGUUGAAUGUUUAAGUCAAGCGAAGAAGGAAGUAAUAAAAAAAAAAAAUUGAGUUGAAUGAAGAAGGGAAGAAUAGAGAACUUCAUGCUGAAACACCCUUGGUUGAGUCCGAGACGUGUCAAGAAAGUUGAAGUCACUAGAGAAAUGCAAGCGAGGAAAAAUUAGAGUUAGGCAAAGUAGAGAUUGCGAGAAAGCUUCAUGCUGGAACACCCUUGGUUAAUUUCAAGACGUGUCCAGAAGAAGUCGAAGUCAAUAA